AUGAGCAAUCCAUACAACAUACCAAAAGAAUUUUUGGAGGAAUUUAUUCAGUUUGGAAAGGAACUACCAGGUUUAUCUGGUUCUUCAGUUAAAUACUGUCCACAAUCACAAUUUUUAGGACCAAAAGCUGAAAACCAAGCAUUAUUUUCUGAACUGAUCAACUCUGCUUUCAAGGCUCAUAUUGACUCUAGAAAGAAUUUUAGAAAAGAAGACUCCCCAAUCUUUAAUCCAGAUUUCCAAUUGACUCCCGAUUAUCAAAAUGCUGCCAAGGAUAUGAAGGAAAAGUCAGAGAGACUAUUCAAGUUUUUGACAAAGUCACUUCCAUACUCCUCGUUUAGAUACAUUGGUCAUAUGACAUCAGAUGUUACCAUUGCCUCUGUAGUAGGAUAUAUCAGUACUAUUCUGUAUAAUCCCAACAAUGUUACAAUCCAAGCUAGUCCAGUAACCACUUAUAUCGAGUUGGCUGUUGGUAUCGAUCUUUGCAGAAUGGUUGGUUUCCCUUUCCCCAAGCCCCUCGACCCUGUCCUCACUGAAACUGAAAAGGCCAGACUUUCAAUCGAUCAAAUUACUCCACGUGGUCACCUGACAAGUGGUGGUACCGUAGCAAACGACGAAGCAAUGUGGAGUGUCUACUGGGCCAAGUUCCUUCCAUUGGCUUUGAAUGAAGCUAUCAAGUACCAACCCAAACUUGCCAAGGCUGUGGAUCUGACUGUCAAACUUGCCAACGGUACAAUCAAGAAGCUCAGCCAGUGUAGUACUUGGGAGGCCCUCAAUCUCUCUGUCGAUGAUUGUGCUGGACUCCCCUAUCGUGUUGGUAUCAUUUGCAACAUUGAGCCAUCAGAGAUUACCUAUCUCCUCAAGCAAUACCAUCCAUCGAAUCUCGGUAUCCUUACCUUUUUUACUCAACACAAUAUUAGAGAACCAUGUUUUCUUACUCCAGCCACUGGUCACUAUUCAAUUCCAAAAGCUGGUGCCCUUUUGGGUUUGGGAUCUGAUGCUGUCAAGAUUCUCCCAGUGGAUAAACAUGGACGUAUGGAGAUGACUGUUCUAAGAGCUCACCUGGAAGCAUGUCUUUUACACAAAAUCCCAGUGAUUGGUGCAGUUGGAGUCCUAGGUACUACCGAAGAGUCUGGUGUCGAUCACAUUGACGAAAUCAUUUCAAUUCGUGAUGAAUUUAGAAAGAAAGGACUUAACUUUGCUGUGCAUGUCGAUGCUGCUUGGGGAGGAUACUUUUUAUCAAUGAUCCGUCCAGACUAUUUGUUGGAGGAUCCAAUUGCCGAUGUGUUCCAUCCAACAACUACCAAAACCCCACCAUCUCCAUUUAACAAUAUGGAUGAAUCUGAUCCAGCUUUGUACUGCUCUGACUAUUUCAAGAAACAAUUACAUGCUUGUUCCCGUGCCGAUACCAUCACUAUCGAUCCUCACAAGAGUGGUUACAUUCCAUACCCAGCUGGCGCCAUCUGUUACCGUAACUCUAGACUCAGAGAUUCACUGGUCUACACUGGUGUCUACAUUGGAGGUACUGGUGUAACAAGUGUCGGUAUUUAUGGUGUAGAAGGUAGUAAACCUGGUGCCGCUGCUUGCGCUGUCUACCUAAGUCACUCGGUGAUUCGUACCUCAAAAUCUGGCUAUGGUACCUUGCUCAAGAGAUGUAUGUUGAAUACCCGUCUUUUUUAUCUCCGUCUCAUCUGGAUGUGUUCCCCAACCGAUAAUUUCGUUGUUCACGGUGUCCCAGUUCCACCAUCUGCCCUUCAAUUGGAAUAUUUCAAAAAGAAUCUUAUCCUUCCAAACGGACAAUUCAAGAGUUCUGAAGAAAUUUCAAAGAACAAGGAACUGAUCAAACAAUUGGCCGAAAUAGGACCAGACCAAAACAUCAUCUGUUAUGCUUUUAACCCAAAGAUCAAGGGAGUAGUCAAUACCGACUACAAGGUAUUCUGUGACUUUAAUGACAAAAUUUACAAGAGAUUCGACUAUAUUCCAGAACCCGAUCUCAAGGAAUAUGAUUUGGUGAUUUCCAACACUGAAUUUGGUCCAUCUUAUGGUAAUACCUUUAUCAACUCGUUUGCCAAACGAAUUGGAUUAAAGAACCUGCCUUAUGAAGGAUCAAUUCCAGUCCUCCGUUCAACAAUCAUGGAUGUCAUGGCUAAUGAAAGUGUAACUGGUAGUGCUUUUGAUGAGUUGAUCAAAAUUCUUAAAACAGAAGUAACAAAAUUCUCUGCUGAAUUACAACCAAGAGAAUCUGCUUAA